AUGAUCGGCUCCAUGGGUCUAAGGAUACCCCGUGCGACAAGCUCGCUCCUCGGCCGUGCCGUCAACGGAGUCGCCACCAACCAGUCCGCCGUCGCCGGCGCUGGCGCCGCCAGCAUCGCCGCCCAAAGGAGAUGGCAGCACUACCUCAUGCCGCUUCGCGACAACUUCGAGCAAGAGGGCAUCCGCAACUUCCUCAGCCCCGGCUCCGUCAACAUGGCCUAUACCGAGUACCAGACCUUCAUUUUGGAGAAGCUUAACGCGCUUGUAGUAGGCACCGACUUUGAGCAAAAAGACACCAAGUCCAUCGUCCUCGCCACCGCACGCGACCCCGAGCUCGCCCAUGUGUUCAACCACGCCUCCAUGGCGCACAACAACCACUUCUUCUUCGACCACCUGUCCCCGGUCCCCGUCAAGAUGGGCGACAAGCUAUUUUACCACAUCAACGAGAACUUCGGCUCCGUCGACACGCUCCGCGACGAGAUGAUCGGCACCGCCGUCUCCAUGUUCGGUCCCGGUUUCGUCUGGCUCGUCCGCACCCAGCUUCCCGGUCAGCCGGUCGCCCUCCGCGUCAUGGCCACCUACUUGGCUGGUUCUCCUUACCCGGGCGCCCACUGGCGCCGCCAGGAGAUGGACGCCCAAACUUCCAUCGGGAGCUCUCCCCAGGGCUUGAGCAACGGCCAGCGCUUCCUCGAGCGCAGCGCAGCUGGGUUCAAGGGCAACAAGCUUGAACCUACGGCUCCCGGCGGCACUGAUUUGAUUCCGAUCUUGUGCCUCAACACGUGGGAGUACGCGUGGCUCCGCGAAUACGGAACUGGUGUGGGUGGUAUGGGUGGUAAGCUGGCGUAUGCGCAGAGCUGGUGGAACAUGAUUGAUUGGGCUAAGGUCGAGGAGGAGGCCAGGCUGGAGACCAGGAUCCUGACGGGCGGUGAUAGCUCUGUUUAG